AUGAGGGACACAAAGCAGGAGCUCGGUGAAUUCGAAAUCCCUCAUCCCUCCUCAUCCCACAUCGUCAACAUCGAGCCCAACGACAUCACCGCCACCCCCUCUACCGAGAACCUCUCCGAGAAGGAGAAGCAUUCCUCCACUAAGCCUGACAAAGAUAAUGGCGGCAGCAACAGCGACAAGAAAAAGAACAAAAAAGGCAAAAAAGACAAGAAGGACAAGGAUGCGGAGGAUGAUGGACCCAAGGUUUCGUACCUACAGCUCUACCGCUUCGCGUCCCCUUUCGACUGGCUUUGCGUCCUUGUCGGCACUCUUUGCUCCUUUGUCAACGGUGUCGGUCAGCCCCUCGUUGCCCUUCUGAUGGGCAAUGUCAUCGAUAACCUGGAUACUAACAGUGAUUCCACUGCUGACGCCGUUGCUCGGCUUCGAAUUAUUGUCAUCAAGUUCACAGUCGUGGGUGCCAUCAUGUUCGUGGUUGCCUACGGCCAGAUGUGCCUCUUCACACUCUCUGCCGAGAACCAGUCCAAGCGUAUUCGCGAAAAGUACCUCCAUGCCAUCCUUCGUCAAGACAUCAGCUGGCACGAUACUAGCAAGAAGAACGAGUCCCUCAAUUCGCGAUUGAGCGCCGACACUCAGUUGAUUUUCGACGGUCUUGCUGACAAGGUUGGCCUCUGCCUGAGCAGCUUGGCCACGUUCGUUGCCGGCUUCGUGAUUGCAUUUACGCACGGAUGGAGGAUGAGUUUAGUCCUGUUGACCUCUGUUCCUUUGAUGGCUAUUGCUGGCGGGCUUAUGGCUAAGUAUGCCACUGCUUCCUCUGCUGAUGGCCAGGACUCGUACGCCAAGGCCGGAGGUUUGGCCGAACAGGCCAUUGGCUCUAUUCGAACCGUCGUUGCUUUUGACGGACAGAAGCGCGAGCUCAACAAAUUCAAUGCCGUUCUUGCAGAGGCCUAUAAGUCUGGUGUGAAAAAGGCCUUUGCCACUGGUAUUGGCAUGGGCUCCUUCAUGCUGAUCAUGUUCCUCAGCUACUCUCUCGCCUUCUUCUACGGCUCCAAGCAGGUCAAGGAUGGCAAGAUGACGUCUGGAGACGUCCUUACAGUACUGUUUGGCACCGUUAUUGGUGCCUUCUCGAUCGGAAACGUUGGACCCAACAUUGCCGUCUUCGGUAAGGCUCAGGCUGCCGCUUACACCAUCUUCAGGACUAUCGACCGUAUCCCCGCGAUCGAUUCCUUUGAUCCCUCUGGUCUUAAGCCCGAGAACUUGACCGGCCACAUUGUCGUCAAGGACGUCAACUUUUCCUAUCCCAGCCGGCCCAACGUACCAAUUUUGAGUAACAUGAACAUCGAAAUCAUGCCCGGUCAGACUGUCGCCUUGGUUGGUCACUCUGGAAGUGGCAAGUCUACCAUUAUUGGUCUUCUCGAGCGCUUCUACGAUCCUAGUUCUGGGUCCGUCACAGUUGACGGUAUCGAUCUUAGAGACUUUAACGUCCGUCACUUACGUGACAGCAUCGGUCUCGUUUCCCAAGAACCCGUCUUGUUCAACGCCACCAUCAAGCAGAACAUCAUGUACGGUACUCGAAAGGACCAAAAGACUCCCACUGACAAGGAAAUCGAGGAAGCCUGCCGCCUAUCCAACGCACACGAUUUCAUCUCAAAGCUGCCCAAUGGCUACAACACCAUGGUUGGCGAGAAGGGUGCGCUGCUUUCUGGAGGUCAGAAGCAGCGCAUUGCUAUCGCUCGUGCGCUGAUUAAAAACCCCUCGAUUUUGCUUCUGGACGAGGCCACGUCUGCCUUGGAUACGGAAUCUGAGCGUAUCGUGCAGGCUGCCCUGGACAAUGCUGCCAACGGACGUUCAACGGUUGUUAUCGCCCAUCGUCUAUCGACCAUCAUGAACGCCGAUCUGAUCUAUGUCAUGGACAAGGGCGUUGUUUUGGAAUCUGGCACGCAUGAGUCGCUCAUGGCUCUUGGAGGAACUUACACUGAAUUUGUCGCCAAGCAGCAGCUCAAGACCGGGGGAGUUGACGUUGAGGCCCCUGAGGGGUUCGAGAAGGAGAUUGUCCCAAUUUCUCCUUCCUCGCCACGUAUUGCCAUUACAGAUGCCGCUAUCCCCGAGGGUGCCCGGACUAGUGGCAAGAUGGGCAGCCUCCUCCGUCGUAUGUCGUCACACCAUUCCGUCGAUCGCUCUGAAAAAUCCGUCGAUGGCGCCGUUGUUCUGGACAUAUCCGAGGACAAGGAGAUGUCUAUCGCCCGUCAGAAGAAGGAGGCUGCCAAGAAACUGAAGAUGCAGAAGGCUCCCAUUGGUCGCACGAUCAAGUACCUAAAAGACGAUGUUCAUCUUUGUCUGCUCGGAGUUUUCUUUGCUUGCAUCCAGGGUGCACUCUUCCCCGGAUUUUCGCAAAUCUUCUCUCGUGCCAUCACUGUACUCUCGACUUCUCACGACCUCGGAGAUCAAUUCAUUCCCAAGGCCAACCACUAUGCACUCCUGUUCUGUAUUCUUGCAUUCAUCGGCUUUAUUGGUUUCUGCGGAGGUAUGGCUUCCUUCCUGGUGGUCGGCGAACGCCUGACCCGCAAGAUGCGAUAUCUCAGCUAUAAGUCUAUCUUGAGUCAAGAGAUGGCCUUCUUUGACCGUCCUGAAAACUCGACCGGUGCCCUGGCCAGUCGCCUCGCCACGGAUUCGCAGCAGAUGUUCGACAUGGUCUCGCAGGUGAUCCUGACCACGGUAUCUUCUCUUGCUACCAUCGCCGUUGGUCUCGGAUUUGCGUUUUAUGCUAGCUGGCAAAUGACUUUGAUCAUUCUCGCUGCCGUCCCUAUCAUUGGUCUCGGACAGUACCUAGAACUGGCCUCAUUGAGUGGAUUUGGUGAAAAGACUCGCAAGGCGUACGAAAAGUCAGGUCAGGUUGCUGGCGAGGCCAUCGCCAACAUUCGCACAGUCGUUUCGCUCGCCAAGGAGGAGACUUUUGAAUCCCGUUACUUCGAUGUCACCAGGGAGCCCCACAAGUACGCGCGUCACAAGGCUGUGUUCGCUUCUUUUGGUUUUGCCAUGUCUCAGGCUGUCGCUUACUGGUCGUACUCUGUUGGUUUCUAUGGCGGAUACCGUCUGGUUGAGUCUGGUAUCAUCGGUUGGGGUCAGAUGUUCGACUGCAUGUUCUCGAUCGUUUUCACGGCCAUGAGUUUGGGGCAUAUCACAUCUGAGCUGCCCAAGUUUGCUAAGGGUAAGCAGUCCGCCAUCAACAUUUACGAGCUUCUGGACAAGGACACGACCAUCGAUGCCGACCGCGCUGGUAUUGAACUCGACGCCGUCAGUGGUUCGCUGGGUCUUGACACUGUCGACUUCAGCUAUCCUACUCGCCAGAACAUUCAGAUCUUCAAGGGUGUUGAUAUCAAGGUCAAGCCCUCGCAGACAGUCGCGUUGGUCGGUCCCUCCGGAUGCGGCAAGUCGACAAUCGUUGCCCUGCUGGAGCGCUGGUAUGAGACGGAUGGCGGCAAGGUCGUCAUCGACAACCACAACAUUCGUGAUUUGCAGCUCCAUAAUAUCCGCCAGCACAUGGCUCUUGUGGGUCAAGAGCCUGUUCUCUUUGAUAUGUCGAUCAAAGACAACAUCCUAUAUGGACUUCCGGACAGUGAGGGCACGAUGGAACAGGUCGAGGCGGCCGCCAAACAAGCCAACAUCCACAACUUUGUCCUGUCGCUGCCGAAUGGCUACGACACUAAUGUCGGAGACAAGGGCUCGCAGCUGUCUGGUGGUCAGAAGCAGCGUAUUGCCAUUGCGCGUGCAUUGAUUCGCAAUCCUAAGGUCCUGUUGCUGGACGAGGCUACCUCAGCGCUGGAUUCUGAAUCAGAAAAGUUGGUCCAGGAAGCAUUGGACAAGGCACGGUAUGGACGCACUACAAUUGUGAUUGCUCACAGGCUAAGCACCAUUCAGGAUGCAGAUUUGAUCUUGGUGGUCAAGAACGGACAGAUCGUGGAGUCCGGUCGUCAUUACGAGCUUGUGGCUCUUGGAGGCGUCUACGCAGAUUUGUGCAAGAAGCAGAACUUGUAA